AUGUUUCGCGAGUUGACGUAUCACAUCGUGAUAACUCGAACGUUGUCAUUUCCACCAAAUGAAAAACUUGUGGUCCUUCAUAAACUUGCUGAUGAAUUUGUACUUCUCGGUGGACGGAAUCGUGUUUACAAUGUAUCAAUCAGCUCAAUGAAUGAAAUGAAUCGAUAUGAAUGGUCAUCGAGUGAAGAAGCACGAAAUAACUGUGCAUCUAUCAGCCAGAACCCUGCUAUGUGUGAAAACUACAUCCGAACGUAUUUUGAGUUGACAAAUGACACAUUUAUUCUGUGUGGAACUCAUGGAUUACAACCAACUUGUGCUGAGUUCAAAAAAGGAAAUACGAAACCAGCUCGUCUUAUCUCAGCAGUUGGAAUGUCUCCUAUUGACGCCGAUUCCACGUCACCAUUUAUUCGAUCUAAUGACAAUAUCAUCACUGUCAACGUGGCAGAGCUAUCAUCAUCUGAGCCUCUUCUCAUCCGACGAAAUGUCAUCAAAAUGUGGAAAGGAAUCGAGAAUGACAUCAUACUCAGAACGCCACGUGGAUUGAGCUCUUUUGAGCAAGCAAACUUUCUAUCGAUGCACAAAGUGAAAAAGGAAGUGCUCUUCUUUUUUUCUGAAUCACCAAUGGAAACCGAAGGAUGUGGCCUUCAUAAAGUAGCGCGGGUGGGACGAGUUUGUGAAGACGAUCCCGGCGGCAGACUUUCAUACAGUAAAGAAUGGAGUUCAUAUGAGAAAGCAAGAAUCGAGUGUUCAAUUGAAGAAAACGAUACGGAUACUUUCUAUUUCAACCAGUUUGCUGGAGUUGCUGAAUCACCAAGUUCAUUUUAUGGAGCAUUUCGAUCCCAAUUAGCUGGAAUCGGUGCUUCUGCUAUCUGUAAAUACAGCAAGAAACAAAUUUCAAAAAGUUUUUCGGGAGGAUUCAAAGAGAAUUCAUCGGAUUCUCCUGACUCUUGUGCAAGAGCAAAUGAUUUGGAAGAAUUGAGUAAACUUCGGUUGAGGCCUCUAAUAAAACAGAAAAUCUCAUCAAAUCCCAUUUAUAUAUUCCAUGGAAAAGAUCGUUUUGUCCAUGUUUUGGCUCAAGAAGACACUCGAGAUUUGAAUAAUCGUGCUUUCGAUAUUCUCUAUGUUGGAACAAAUCUUGGAAAUGUUCUGAAAAUUAUAGUUUUAAACUCAGACUCUACUUCUAAUGUAACAGGAAGACAUGCUGUUACAUUGAAAGUUUUACCUUCGAAUUCAAAAAUUGUUGAUAUGAGUUUUUAUUCGAAAAAUGGAUUAGAGGAACUAGUCGUAGUAACUGAACAAAGUAUUCUAAAAAUGCCAACUGCCACGUGUCAUCUUGCAACUAAUUGUGCUGAAUGUCUUGCUCAUGGAGAUCCUCAUUGCGCAUGGGCUGAUGGAACCGAGUGUAUUGAUAUUAGAACUGAUCAGAGAAAAACCGCGAGUCACGACAGUGGAACGUGUGAUGUCGUCAGCUUUGAGAAUCAUAAACCAGUAGUGUUGGCCCCACUUAAAAACAAGGAAUCUUCAAAAGUUCCAGUUUGUCUCUGUGAAACUGAUAAACUCCGAAAACCAUGUGCGACAGAAGUCAUUCAAAAAGAGAUUGUUCUUUCUGGAAGUUCAGAUCCAUGGAAGUACAUAACUGUAUUUGCAGUUGGAGUUUUAACAGGUUCAAUAUUCAACUACUGCUAUUUCUAUUUCAGCAGAAAUAAGCCAUCCCGAUUAACCGAUGAUAACUCUUCUACUAACGAGCACUGUCAGCUUCUUCUGAGUCUUGGGGGUAAAACUGUUUCAUCAUCUCGUUCAUCUUCGUCAAUGACUCGUCCAAUUACAACAUCUUCAUCAACAAGACUUCCAAUUGAUGCUUUUACCACAUCUUCGAUUGCAGAUGAAAUGUUUUCAUCAACUCUUUCAUCAAAUGCCAAUAGAUGUAAUACUGUUUCAAUGCAUUCCUCAAUUCGCACUUAUUGUUAA